UCUUCGUCUUUGUUGUGUUUUGUGUCGCUCUUGUUCUUCUUCUUGUCGUUGUUCCUUUUUUGUUGCUGUCGUUGUUCAAGAAGGGAGCGGGGCUUUGGCUCGUUGGCGCUUCAUGUUUGGGAUCCAGGAAAGCAUCCAGCGGAGCGGGAGCAGCAUGAAGGAAGAGCCCCUCGGCGCGGGCAUGAACGCCGUCAGGACCUGGAUGCAAGGAGCCGGCGUCCUGGACGCCAACACCGCCGCCCAGAGCGGGGUGGGCCUGGCCCGGGCGCAUUUCGAGAAGCAGCCGCCGUCCAACUUGAGGAAAUCCAACUUCUUCCACUUCGUGCUGGCGCUCUACGACCGGCAAGGGCAGCCCGUGGAGAUCGAGCGCACCGCCUUCGUCGGCUUCGUCGAGAAGGAGAAGGAAGCCAACAGCGAAAAGACCAACAACGGCAUCCACUACCGGCUCCAGCUGCUCUACAGCAACGGAAUCCGAACCGAGCAGGAUUUCUACGUCCGCUUAAUCGACUCGAUGACGAAACAAGCGAUAGUAUAUGAAGGCCAAGACAAGAACCCUGAAAUGUGCAGAGUUCUGCUCACCCAUGAAAUCAUGUGCAGCCGCUGUUGUGACAAGAAAAGCUGUGGCAACAGAAAUGAGACUCCUUCAGAUCCAGUGAUAAUUGACAGGUUCUUCUUGAAAUUUUUUCUUAAAUGUAACCAGAACUGCUUAAAAAAUGCAGGAAACCCUCGAGACAUGCGGAGAUUUCAGGUUGUGGUAUCUACAACAGUCAAUGUGGAUGGCCAUGUCUUGGCAGUGUCGGAUAACAUGUUUGUGCACAACAAUUCCAAACAUGGGCGGAGAGCUCGAAGGCUUGAUCCUUCGGAAGGUACGCCCUCUUAUCUGGAACAUGCAGCUACACCAUGUAUCAAAGCCAUCAGUCCAAGUGAAGGAUGGACUACGGGAGGUGCCACUGUCAUCAUCAUAGGAGACAAUUUCUUUGAUGGGUUACAGGUCAUAUUCGGCACCAUGCUGGUCUGGAGUGAGCUUAUUACACCUCAUGCAAUCAGAGUCCAAACACCGCCCCGGCACAUCCCUGGUGUAGUUGAAGUUACAUUGUCCUACAAAUCUAAGCAGUUCUGUAAGGGUACACCUGGAAGAUUCAUCUACACUGCUCUGAAUGAACCCACCAUUGACUAUGGUUUCCAAAGGUUACAGAAAGUCAUCCCAAGGCACCCUGGUGACCCUGAACGCUUGCCAAAGGAAGUAAUACUCAAAAGGGCGGCUGACCUGGUGGAAGCACUCUAUGGUAUGCCACAUAACAACCAGGAAAUAAUACUGAAAAGAGCAGCUGACAUUGCAGAAGCACUCUAUAGCGUCCCUCGCAAUCACAACCAACUCCCAGCGCUCACCAACACAUCCGUCCAUGCAGGAAUGAUGGGUGUGAACUCCUUUAGUGGUCAGUUAGCAGUAAAUGUCUCAGAAGCUUCACAGGCCACCAAUCAGGGUUUUACUCGCAACUCAAGCAGUGUGUCACCUCAUGGUUACGUGCCAAGCACUACCCCUCAGCAGACAAACUACAACUCAGUCACGACAAGCAUGAAUGGUUAUGGAAAUGCUGGAAUGUCCAAUUUAGGUGGAUCUCCAACCUUCUUGAAUGGAUCUGCUGCCAAUUCUCCCUAUGCCAUUGUGCCAUCAAGCCCCACAAUGGCCUCCUCCACUAGUCUCCCUUCUAACUGUAGCAGUUCCUCUGGGAUCUUCUCCUUCUCACCAGCCAACAUGGUCUCAGCAGUGAAACAGAAGAGUGCUUUUGCCCCUGUCGUCAGACCACAGACUUCCCCUCCCCCCACCUGUACCAGCACCAAUGGGAAUAGCCUCCAAGACCAGUCUUUUGUGGACUCUAGCAAGUACUCCACUGCAGGGUCUCUCCAGGGUCUGGCCUUCUCCUGAACUAUAUCUGGCAUGAUAGUUCCCCCCAUGUGAAAGAAUUGCCUUGAAGAAUUAACUAAUGAAGAAGCUGCAUUCUGCUUCAGAACAAAGUCUGACACAAGUCCCAGUGUGGAACUUUUAACUCAGGCCUUUUUUAAAAAAGAAAAAAAGGGAAAAAAGGAAGAAUCUCAUAAUAAUUGCAGUUUUUAAACAAAAAUGGGAAAUUGUUUUGUUGUUGCAAAAUAAUACUGAAGUUCAUCCAGCAUCUGCAAGUGCAAGGUGUUAUUUUGAGCUGUCCAUCCCAAGUACUUGAGAAUGAGAUUUACAUUAUGUCAUGGAGAAAAUCCAAUUAUGUUUAACUCAGUCACCAUUUGUCUUUUACAAAUCAUAAUGAAAGGAGGCGUGCCAUCACUAAAAUCCACUUUGAGACUUUUUUUAAAAAAUCCGUAAUAAAGGGGAAUGAAGUGGCAACACUUAAAAGUGGUUUAUAUGGAACAGAAGUAGAAGUGCCAGUUUGGGGAGGGGGGUGUUUUUCCUGAGAAUAGUACUGGCUGUUCCAGUUAAGGGUUGGCUCAUAUGUGUUACUUAUCCAGCAACAAUUCACUGUUUUACAUUCUCUUUCUAUCUCUCUCUCUCUCUGUGUGUCUACAUAGAUGUACACAGAUACACACAAUUGUCAUUUUUUGGGAUUGUGUUUCAGAGGCAGCAAGAAUUCUUUGACAUCCCCAUCCACCUCCACCCCUUUCUUACAAAGCUGUACUUAGGUGAUUGUGUAAAUAAUGUGAACAGAAAAUUAACAAAAGUGUAACAAAGGACAUGCAUACCCCAUCGUUACCUUGGAAAACUGAGUGCCUCUGGAAGCAAUGCUGAAAAUUGCAGAAUCGGAUUAACAUGGCUCUCUAUCUUUAGUUUAUACCAGGACUAUCCUAAAUGGAUGACAUCCCUAAGUACAAUUUAAAUCCUUUGGGAUUUGAUGUGGGAGGAUACAGACACAAGCAUGAACCACCUUAUGGCAUUUUUGCAACAGAAAUAUUUUCCCUUACAUUUGCAGGUUUUCUCCAUCCUUAUUUUGGGUCAGGAAGCAGAGCCAAAAUUCAUCCUGUCAUCUCCAGACAUGACCCAAAAGCACACACAAACACACACACAACCGAAAACAAAAGGGACAUGUCUGUUUUGAGCUGCGAUUACUUUUGUAUCAGUCAGCCUUUUCAGUUUGCAACAGGUAGUGGUGUUUUUGAUAGAAAAAGUAAAAUAUAAAAGAAGGGUGAAGAGACAGAGAGUUGUGUGAAGGUUGCUAAAUAAACCUUUACUUACAGGAAUGUAGCUCUCAUUACCUGGGGAAGUGUUCUUAGUCAAAGAGGCAUCACACCUCUAAGGACACAGUACCCGAUACUUCUUGUUCCCCUUUGCUGUUGCGUUUUGUACGUCGUUAUAAAUAAUGUAGAUUUUUUUGUGAAUUUUUUUGGCCAAAGUUAUUGUUCUAUUUAUACAAUUUAAUGUCUUAAGACAGUUUUUCAAUCUCAUGCACCCACACAUGCACACAAAAAAGUAUUACUGCAUAUUUUGCAAAACAAGCUCACUACCUUUAAGAUUGCACAUGCUUGCAAAAUGAGUUAAAGAAAAAAAGCUUUUUUAAAAAAAGAAGAAUUUUGUAAAAUAUCCAUAUAAAUAAUGUAUUUAUCUUUGGAAUUUGUACAUUGCUUUUUUCCCUGCAGCAUCCCAGUUUAUUUUAUUGUGUAUGUUUGCUAUGUGAAAAGUGCUAAUUUGUUUGGUCAUUCACAAGUGUAUUAGCUGUUUAAAUGUGAUUUUAAUACAAUUCAUUUAUAGGAUAUUUUUAGUAAUUGUUUUAAACCAUGCUUCCAUUUUUGUUUUAUUUUCACCCAAAAGCCAUUGUCUAUUUUUGUAUUAUUUGUAAGUUAAGAAGGUUUUUUUUCCAAUAUAUGGCAAAAAGUAGCAUAUUAUUCUUGUAGCAUUUAGUUAUGUAGAUUUUUAAAAGUAUCCUUUGCUUUUGAGGCUUAUAAAAGAAAUCUAAUGCUGUUUUACUCUAUUAAUAUGCAUGGAAUCUCUCCCCUUUGGAGUGACGCAUUUUUUUGUGCAUUAAAUAUGGGGAGAAACUUCAUAGAAAUCAAUGAAAAUACUUUCUUUCUUGUCUGCUUGUAUAUUUCUCUGUCUUUCACAUAAAUAUAAACCAGCAGAUUGGAUGCCUUAACAAUGCAAAUCAUAUUCAUUUCACUUGUACAUUGUACUGCGCACCAGAACUGUCAAUCAUCACUAACAUUCUAAGGGAAAAAAAGGAAUUUGAAAAGCACAAAAGAACUGUUUUGUUACCUUAAGACAAUGUGACUUUUUUCUAGACAAGCAACAAUGCUGCAACUGUGCAUGCUUCCUGUAUGAAUUUUGCAAUGGAUUUCACUCAGAUGUCACUGUGUGAUCUUUUUGGGAAGGGAAGUGGGGUGGGAGGGGAGAGAAAGAUGAAAAAAUCCAUAAGGUUUUUUCCCCCAUGAAACAAGAAGAACACACUCACAGAUAAAGAAACUGGAAAAUAUAAGCAUAUCAAUGUAUUGCUUCUCUAUAGUCCAAGCAUUUAUUCUAAUUCACAUAGUAAGCAAUGGCACUGCAAUGUAAUCAAAUUUAAAGCCAUAUUUUGUCCAGUGAUGCCCUCCACUGAACCCCAUUCAGUCAGAGUUGCACCUAUUUAGACACUCAUAUGAAGUCAUAUACAUGUACCGGCCUCCCCUUCAGUGUCCAAAGAUCCCUUGACAAUAUGUAGAAUUUGUUUCUGUCUUCAAGUAUUUGUGCCAGAAAUAAAAGAAGGAAAUUUAUAUUUAAAAAUCUCCCUGCCCCAAAUAGUUCCUGUGACUUUUACGUGAUUUUUAAAGAUGUCGCUCUUCACAGAAUAUGGCUUUAAGUGGAAAUGAUCAUGUUUCAGUCUUUACAAAAUGAAGCCUCACGCUGACUGGAUUGUGUGAAGGAUGCUUAUUUCUGCUCCACUCUACCAGACUGCAUCUAAAAUGGAAGUCAUUUCUGAAUCGACUAAUCUUUCACCUUCUUAACUAAACCUUUUGGAAUAGACACAAACACUGUACAGUUCUAUUGUUAGAGAAAACUAACUACUGUAGAGAUUGUUAUAAUUUUUUUGCAGAAAUUCAAGCUGUAAAAACUUUUCAACUUUCACAAUAUUUAAUUAAAGUUACU